AUGGUGUCAGAAAUAGAACACAACGCGUCUUUUACCGCUGCUGAUACCUCUCAUCUCACGAGUCACGCCCUCGCAUCGCUGUCAACUCUCGCACUUCGCACCACCAUGUCCCCCUCCCCCGGCCCCUCCUCCUCCCCCUCCCCUUCUCUCUCGCUCUCACCCGCCCGCUCUCGGUCCCUUUCCCGCGCCACCGGCGCCAUCGUCGGCGCGUUCGCCGGCGACGCGGCCGGGGCGGUCUUAGAGUUCGGAGGCGUCGUCACCGCAGUGGCAGCGCGCCGCGCCAUGACCAUGCCGGGCGGCGGCGUCUUCCGUGUGGGUCCCGGGCAGAUCACGGACGACAGCGAGCUCGCGCUCUGCCUCGCGCGCGCCCUCGUCGUCGCGCGCGCGCCGCCUGCUGCCACUAGCGGCGCGAGUACUAAUACCAGUAGUAGUCACUCUCCCCCGCCGGCGGACGCGCCUUUCAGCGCGGGUGGUUCCGCGUCGCGCGGAGCCGAGCCUGCAGCGGCGGAGCCGGGAAGCGGCGGCGCAGCGGGAGCAGCGCGCGGGGGGUACUGGGAGGGCGGGUUCCCGCUGGGGCGAGUGGCGCGCGCGUACCAUUGGUGGGGGUUCUCCAGGCCGUUUGACAUGGGCAACACGUGCGCCACCGCGUUCCGCUUCCCCCACCCGCCUCCCCCCGGCGGUGGCUUUGUCUCUUCCUCCUUCUCCCCGUACUCCUCAGCGGAACAAGCGAAGACGGAGAAACUGGAGUGGCAGAUGGCGAAGCAGAUGCAGACAAACGCCGCAACUUGCAUGAACAGCCAGGCGAACGGCGCGCUGAUGCGAGUGACGCCGCUGGCGGUGUGGGCGCACCGCCUGCCCCCGCACGCCGUGGCGCAGUGCGCUGCUCUGGACGCGUCGCUCUCGCACACCAACCCCACGUGCCGCGCCGCCUCCUCUGCUUACUGUAUCGCCAUCGCGCACCUCAUCAACAACCCAGGGGAUGCGCAGGGCGCGUUUGAGGAGGCUGUGGCGUGGGCGGCCGGGGAAAGGAAGCGGGGAGGUGAGAUGUGGGCGGUGGGCGGAGGGAAAAAGGGAGGGGCUGAGACGGUGGGUGAGUGGCUGGAGCACGUGCGGGUGGCAGUGGCAGCAGAGGGGGGUGGGGAGGGGAGCGGGGCAGCGAGUGGGGCUGGUGCAGCGGCGGGCAGAGGGAGCGCAGGGAGCGGUGUGCAGGGCAGGCAGGGCGGCAGGGGGUCUGUGGGUGGGUGGGGGAAGCAGGCGCUGCAGCAGGUGAUGGGCGCACUGGGGGCAGGUGGGAGGGGAAAGGCAGGAGAGGCGGGAAAGGGGGGAGAGCAGGGGGAGGAGAAAGGGGUGGAGCAUGGAGGAGAAGGUCCGCAGGCAUGUGUGACGGACACACAAGGCAAUGACACCAGCAAGCAGACUGGUGGCAAGGGGUGUGUGCUGCAGGUGGAGUGCACACAGUUCAUAGGGUGGGUGAAGUGGGGCUUCCUUCUCGCCUUCUACCACCUACUUCGGAGGUCCAGCUACGAGGAGGCGAUCGAAGACACGCUGAUGCGAGGGGGGGACACGGACACAAAUGCGGCUAUUGUGGGCGGGAUGGUGGGCGCACUGCAUGGAGUGGAAGGGAUGGAGGAGGUGGAAGGGGGUCAACAGAGUCAAGGUGGAGGGGUGCCGAGAGCAAUGGUGGAAAGGGUGGUGGGGCGAGAUUUCUCCAAGGGAAUAGAGAGGCCUGUAGAGCUGAGGCCAGCGGACCUGCUGGCGCUCUGUGAGGCGCUCUUCCUCUUGGCCCCACAGGAAACCGGUCCCGAGGCGCCCGUCCCUUAG